AUGACUGAUAAAAGUAACUUAUCAAAUGAUUCAACAACAAACUCCGACGCCACAAUCGAUCAAGUAGUUGAUAAGGAGGAAGAAGAAGUUAUUGAUAAUGAAGUUGUUGAAGAUCUAUAUGGCAAAGAGCACCUCAACAUUAUUUUCAUUGGACAUGUUGAUGCCGGAAAAUCAACCAUGGGAGGGAACAUCUUAUAUAUAACUGGAAUGGUUGAUCAAAGAACUAUGGAGAAAUAUGAAAGAGAAGCAAAAGAACAAAAUAGAGAAGCCUGGUAUUUAACGUGGGCACUCGAUACAAACAAAGAAGAACGUGAAAAGGGUAAAACUGUUGAAUGUGGACGUGCCUAUUUUGAAACAGAGAAGAGAAGAUAUACAAUUCUUGAUGCACCAGGUCAUAAGAAUCUUGUCCCAAGUAUGAUCGGUGGUGCAUCUCAAGCAGAUGUUGGAGUGUUGGUUAUAUCUGCUCGUAAAGGUGAAUUUGAAACUGGAUUCGAAAGAGGUGGACAGACACGUGAACAUGUAGUAUUAGCUAAAACAUCAGGUGUAAAUAAGUUAGUUAUCGCUAUUAAUAAAAUGGAUGAAUCAACUGUUAAUUGGUCAAAAGAAAGAUAUGAUGAAUGUGUUUCAAAGCUCACACCUUAUCUUAAAUCAAGUGGAUACAACCUGGCGACUGAUGUUUUUUUUAUGCCAGUUUCUGGUUUUACAGGUUUAAAUCUUAAAGAUAGAGUACCAAAGGAUCUUUGUCCUUGGUAUAGAAAAAUCAAUGCGCCAUUAAUGAUUCCUAUCAUAGAAAAAUAUAAGGAUAUGGGAAUGAUUGUUGUAGGAAAAGUAGAAUCAGGGAGAGUUAAAAAAGGCCAAUCUGUUUUACUCAUGCCAAAUAAAAGAAUUGUCGAAGCUUCAGCUCUUUAUAACGAACUUGAGAAUGAAAUACCUAUGGGAUAUUGUGGUGAUAACAUUAGAAUAAAACUUAAAGGAAUUGAAGAAGAGGACAUUUCAGCUGGUUUUUUAUUAUGUUCAACAGAUAAACCAGUUAAAACUUCAUCUACUUUUGAGGCUCAACUUGCGAUCCUUGAUCAUAAAAAUAUUAUUUGUGCUGGUUACAGUGCUGUAUUGCAUAUUCAUUCAUGUGUAGAAGAAGUAUCAAUUUCAGUUAAGAAUCAACUUUAUAUUUAUAAAUCAUCUCUUUUACAUCUUAUAGACAAAAAAACUGGUAGAAAAUCUAAAAGACCUCCACAAUUUGUUAAAAAAGGUCAAAAGGUUAUUGCAAAACUUGAAACACAAGGUCCAAUUUGUUUAGAGGCAUUUGCUGACUAUCCACAGUUGGGGAGAUUUACAAUGCGCAAAACAAUUGCAAUCGGAAAAGUAACAAAAGUUAUUGAAAACGAACAAAAUGAACCAAUACAACGUGGUCAUGAUAAUAUUUCCUAUCCAUUCUUUUCAAUACUUUAA